CCGAUUGCUCUGGCCAAUGGAACCCGAUCCACCCUGCUGUGCGUAAGAGCGCAAUUAAGGAUUUAACCAAGCCUAUGCUGAGCCCCAGCCAGCAGUCUGCCGGAGACAGACAGAGCGCCGCAGCCUCCUCCCCCAGACAUGUCUGCUUAGACCCCAGCAGCCCCCAGCAGCAGCCAGCCCCAGCCAGCCCGCCGGUUCCCAGCUAUGACAGGAGUAUUUGACAGAAGGGUCCCCAACAUCAGAUCCGGCGACUUCCAGGCUCCUUUCCAGACGGCCGCAGCCAUGCACCACCCGUCCCAGGAAUCUCCCACUUUACCCGAGUCCUCGGCUACGGAUUCCGACUACUACAGCCCGGCGGGGGGAGCCCCGCACGGCUACUGCUCGCCUACCUCGGCUUCCUACGGCAAAGCGCUGAACCCUUACCAGUACCAGUACCACGGCAUGAAUGGAUCUGCUGGGAACUAUCCUCCCAAAGCCUAUGCAGACUACAGCUACGCCAGCCCCUACCACCAGUACAGUGGGGCUUACAACCGCGUACAGAGCUCCUCCAGCCAGCCAGAGAAAGAGGUGGCGGAGCCCGAGGUGAGGAUGGUGAACGGCAAACCAAAGAAAGUGCGCAAACCCCGCACUAUUUAUUCCAGCUUCCAGCUGGCCGCCUUGCAGAGGAGGUUCCAGAAGACCCAGUACCUCGCCCUGCCCGAGCGGGCCGAGCUGGCCGCCUCCCUGGGGCUCACGCAAACACAGGUGAAAAUUUGGUUUCAGAAUAAAAGAUCCAAGAUCAAGAAGAUCAUGAAGAACGGGGAGAUGCCCCCGGAGCACAGCCCCAGCUCCAGCGACCCCAUGGCCUGCAACUCUCCACAGUCGCCUGCGGUUUGGGAACCUCAGGGUUCAUCCCGCUCCCUCAGUCACCAUGCCCACGCACACGCUCACCCUCCAAACUCCAACCCAUCCCCUGCAUCCAGCUACCUGGAGAGCUCCGCUUCCUGGUACCCUGCUGCCAACUCCAUCAACUCCCACCUCCAACCCCACGGCUCCCUACAGCACCCGUUAGCGCUGGCCUCUGGGACAAUUUAUUAGAGCCUGACCUUUUUCUUUUUCUUUUUCCUUUUUUUUUUUUUUUUGGUUGCUGUUGUUCCUUGGACUCCUGUGUUUUACUGUUAAGGAAUAAUAACGAAAGGAAUGCAUACGGGGAAUUUUUAAAAGGGAAAAGAAACAGCCGAAAAGAUUAAAAUGUGUAAAGUUUGUGCAUGUAACUUAUUGCAUUUCAAAGGAACCCCUUUUUUUAUACAAUACGGACAUUUUUUUGGCUCAGCUGUGGACACUAUCAAUGGUGCCUUGAAAAUCUAUGACCUCAACUUUUCCAGAGACUUUUUUUCAAUGUUAUUUUAACCCUGUAAAUAAUUGUAGAUAGAGGAAUUAAACUGUAUAUUCUGAAUAAAAUAAAAUUAU